AUGGAAUUUCUUUCAACUCCACUUGAUCAUUCAAAAUGGGACUAUUCACAAUUAACGAAUCCACAUGAUUUUCAAUGGAAAGUUGGAAUCACUCCAUUCUCUAAUAUACAGAUCGUUAUUUGUUCUUGGAUAACAUAUUUUAUUAUAAUAAUUGGAUUAAAGAGAUUUAUGAAAUCUCGAUCGCCUUUCACCUUGCGAGGUGUUGUUGCUGCACAUAAUUUAUUUCUAUGUAUAUUGUCUGCGACCAUGUUCGGAUACGUCAUAAUAGACUUUUUUAAACGAUGGCAG